AGUUAUUAAUUCUGUUAUGAAAUCUGAUCAAAAUAACUUCAAUUACGUCAUUGAACCAAAAUAUUACUUGAUGUCACCACGUCAAACAUGGGUUUUCCCCAAGGGGCUUUCCUGGUAUUAUUAGCAUUUAAAUGCAAGUGCGUAAACAAAGCCGGGAGUUCAGACUUGAGCUGUCUUUAGACACGAGUUGACGUGUUUCAGAAGGCACUAUAAACUACAUUCAAAAUUCACAUAUAUACAAAAUAUUACUUUAUUGAUUGAUUGACUUGCUCAAUCACCAAAUGGCGGAUACACGAGCUCCAAAAAGCUGCGCUGUACCGGGUAAAGACGCUUCGAACAUCCAAACAUCAACUGAUACAGCCAGUGGCGUAAAGUCACAGGAAACGCGAAAGCAACGAUUGGAAGUAGAGAAAGCUCGCGCGGCUAAAAGAAAUUUAGAAAAAGAUAAUGUUAAAAAGCAAAUCAUGGAAGUGUGCAGUGAUGGCAUGAAAUGGGGUGAUUCAAAGAAAAUUGAAGACUUACCAGCAAUACCAUAUCUUUGUAAAUUAUUGAAAAAACUAGCAGAACUCUCCGAGAUAAAUAUAGAAUGUGACGUCAUGCAAGGACCUGAAGAUUUUCCAUGUCUUUUAAAACUGCUGAAGAAACACCACUACAGCUAUUGCAACCUAACGGAGUGCUGUGAAAUCCUAAACAAAAUUUUGGACAUCUCGGGACCCGCAUACACGACACUGAGCCAGGCGGAAAUCUUGAAAGAGCUCAGUGAUUUAUUGACCACCAAAGCGAGUUACAACGAUGCAAUAAAGAAAGCAGAGCAAUUAGAGCAACUGGCAAUUGCACUUGGAGAUAAGAAGCUUGCAGGAGAGGCAUAUCAUCUUCACCUUACGCCACUAUGUUUAAAGGGAUCGAUAGAAGAUGCAAAGCUAGUUUUGGAGAAAUGUGUGCGUUGCAGUGAAGAGUCGGGAGACGAGUUAACAAUAGGUUAUUCCAAACUAGCGACAGCCAAAUUAUACUGCAUGGAACAAAAAUACGAUCUAGCUCUUGAAGAAGAAGAAAAAGUUUUGGAAAUCGCUAAACGACUAAACAACAAAAUCGCAGAAUGUGAAGCCACAUUACAUAAGGCAGCAAUCUACUGCAACCUUUUUAAAAUGCAGGAAGCCUUAAAUCUCUCCUCUAAAGGGUUAAAAAUGGCUAUGGAUUUAGGAUAUCACAAAAAGGUUAUGCAAACAAAAGUUAACCAGUUUUCUUUAUUCUCCCUAAUGGGGAAGUAUAGAAGAUCGUACCACAUCGGAAAAGAAAUUGUCGAAAAUUUGAGUUUAUAUGAAGACAAAAGAUUUGUGUAUACAGUGCUUAACAAUGUGAGCGUUGCUGCACUUAUUCUUAACAAAGAUGAAGAAGCCUUGAAGCUGGCACAGCAGUCGUUAGUUGUUGCUGAGGAUUUAGGCGCGGGAAAGCCUAUUGCUUUAGCUCACGGCAAUAUAGGUCUUGCACAGGCGAAAUUGCAAGAUUUUGAAGCAGCGAUGAAAAGUUAUUACAAAUGUCUGGAAUUUGGUGAAAAGAUAAAAGAUAUGAGAAUCAUUAAUAAUAGUUACUGUAACCUUGGCAGAGCUCUCGAGGGGAAAGGCAAUAAAGAAAAGGCAAAGAAGUAUUAUCACAAAGCUCUGAGCACGCCUCAGCCACCGUCAUCUCAUUGGUGCGAUACCGAAAAAUUUCGUUUCAGUCCUGAUUACCUUCUUGGGAAAAUGGCAGUCGAGGAGAAUGAUUAUCAAACAGCAAAGGCAUAUUUUCAAGAGGUUGUGAACCGUUGUGAAACGUUUCGCAAGAGUGUUCAAGACACUCCUUUGAAGAUUUGCUUCAACGAUACACAGAGGAAACCAUUCCAGUACUUGCAACACGUGCUUUUAAAAGAAAAUGCCGGUGCAGAUGCACUGUUCGUCGGCGAGAUGGGCAGAGGAAGAGAUUUUUAUGAUAAGGUAAUAAAGGAAGACCAGUCGAAGCAACUUAACACGCCGACGGCACUUUUGGAGUUAGCAAAAACAAACAAGCAAGCGAUACUUUUUCUAUCCAAACUGGACGUUGUCCAAGAAAUGCAAAUGUGGUUCAUUUCACCAAAUGGCGAAAUCACUUCUUUCGGAAAAAAGCUUAAUGAAUGGGAAAAACCUCUUGAAUAUUUAAGCAUUGUGUUUGGUAGAGGUAUAAAGGAUGAAGCACAGAAUCAGCAACCUACAAAAAAUGUGGCGGAGGACAUCACUAGCUUGCACAGUUACGUGACUGAAGGGGUUCACAAUUCAGAAAGUUGCAAUGUUUCAACGACCAGCCUAGAGUCGUCGCAUCCAAUUGAAAUCAGAGGUAUUAAAAACAAUGUCCUAAAUGACGAUGACAUCGAAUACGAAUCUGAAGAUGAUGAUGAUGAUAUCGAAUUUGAAGAGGGAAGUGGGACAAAUUGUUAUCAAUCUGGAGCUACAUCUAAUAGUGGUGAAGACACCGUAAACCAAACCUCCCCAGCCACCCGUGGACCUUCGAAGAUACCUAACUUUUCCACACUUAUUGAAAAAUUUAGCAAGCUAAUUGUAGAACCAAUUGAAGACAAAUUGGAAAACCUGGUUACAGAGACUGACCGCAAACCACAACUACUGAUUAUUCCACAAGGAGAAACGUUUAACAUACCAUAUUCAACGUUGCGUCUUAGUAAUGGCGAGCCGUUAUGUAGUUUGGUGGCACCUCGGGAAGCGUUCUCUUUCCACUCUUAUUCCUACAGUACGGCACUGCAAGAAGAGAUGUCGCAGGUGACUCAAAUGAAAGACAUUCUUAUCGUUGGCAAUCCGACAGAAGACCUCCCAUUUGCUGAAAAAGAAGCAAAGAUUAUUGCAGAAAAGGUUGGAGUGUCGCCGUUAUUGAGAUAUUCCGCCACCCGCAGUGAAGUUCUGCGCCGAAUUUCGCAAGCAGCCAUAAUUCAUUUCGCGUGUCAUGGCACGACCGACGGAAGACGCUUGCAACUUGCAGCCGAACAUGUUAAUAACAACGGCGAAAAAGCAGGUUCAACCUACCUUACUGUGGAAGAUCUCUCGAACGUGACCUUAUCGGCUAACAUGGUUGUCCUUAGUGCCUGCCACACUGCCCAGGGCAAGAUCAGUAGCGAAGGCGUGUUGGGACUUGCGCGUGCUUUUCUGAUGGCAGGAGCAAAGUCAGUGAUUACCUCACUGUGGGCAGUUGAUGACAAUGCCGCAGAGACAUUGAUGUUGAAGUUUUACAACAAUCUUUACAACGAACCUGUCGUCAACGCCUUGGCAACCACCAUGUGUGAGAUGAAAAGAGAAAACUUUAGAGUGUCUCAAUGGGGCUGUUUCAAAGUUCUUGGGGCAAACAUUAGAGUAUUUGCUGAUGAUGUUUGAAUUUGACGAACGUAUAAAUGUUAACCCACUGCCAGUCGUGCGUUUCAUACAACAAUCCAGAUGUUUGAUGUAUUUUUUAAGUUAUUUGUUGAAAAUCCACCAUGAUAUAGCUUAUAGGUUGCAACAGCUAGUAGUGCGCGUACACUUGUUGUAUAUAUAUUGAUUUCCAAAUGCAUGUAAACUAUCGGCCAUGUUAAUUAGUAUACUAGGACGAGUAAACAAUUAGUAAGACAAAAGUAUGUAUACUCACAACAGCCUUAUUUAGUAACUGCAUGAAUAUAUAGAAACUAUACUGUAAUGUCUAAUAAUACUGUAAAUCGCGCAAAAUACAACCGCAUACG